AUGUCCCCCUCCGUCCUCCACCCAAAACUCUCCUCCCCACCCCCCUCCAUCACCCACAGCGCAGGGAACUACCUCUACACACACGACGGGCGCAAGAUCUUCGAUGCGAGCUGCGGCGCGGCAGUCGCGUGUCUGGGCCACAAUGAGCCCCGCGUUAAGCAGGCUAUCCUAGCGCAGCUCGAUAAGACGGCGUACGUGUACUCGCCCUUCUUCACGGUUCCGGCCGCCGAGGAGAUCGCGUCGUUCUUGACGGAGUCAACGGGGGGGCAGAUGGGGAGGGUGUUUAUUGUUAGUUCUGGUGCGUCCCCCAGGAUACCCCGACUCACUCUUACGGUACUACAUGGAACCGAAGCAAUCGAAGCCUCCCUAAAGAUGGCACGCCAGUAUUUCACGGAGCUCCAGCCGCCCCAAAUGCAGCGGACACGCUUCAUCGCGCGCAGACAAUCGUACCACGGGAACACGCUCGGUUCGCUGGGUGUCGGCGGGCACAAGGCGCGGCGCGCGAUCUUCGAGCCUAUCUUGUCGACGAGCACAAGUCAUGUCGCGCCAUGUUAUCCGUACCGUGAUAUGAAAGAUGGCGAAACAGAGGAAGAGUAUGUUAAUCGUCUGGCAGAGGAACUAGAGGGUGAGUUCCAGCGGCUUGGGCCGAGCACGGUGUGUGCGUUUGUCGCGGAGACGAUGGCGGGGACGACCCUGGGCUGUGUUCCCGCCCUCCCGGGCUACCACAAAGCCAUGAAGGCCGUGUGCGACCGGCACGGCGCGCUCUACGUGCUCGACGAGGUGAUGUCCGGCAUGGGGCGGACUGGCACCCUGCACGCGUGGGAGCAGGAAGGCGUUGUUCCGGACCUGCAGACUGUGGCUAAGGGGUUGGGCGCCGGGUAUGCGCCUAUCGGUGCGCUGCUGGUAGGUGAUCGGGUUGUUGAGGCGCUUGCCAACGGAAGCGGGGCUUUCAUGCAUAGCCAGACGUAUCAGGGGCAUCCGGUUGCUUGUGCGGCGGCUGUUGCGGUGCAGAGGGUUAUACAAGAGGAUGGGCUGCUCGAGAAUGUUAGGGUUCAGGGGGAGUAUUUGGGACGCCUGUUGAAUGAGAGGCUGGGCGGGCAUAGGAAUGUUGGGGAUGUUAGAGGGAGGGGGUUGUUUUGGGCUCUUGAGUUCGUCAAGGAUAAAGCGACCAAGGAGCCAUUCCCGGCUGAAGAGGGCGUGGCGCAGAAGGUGCACUUGACGGGCUUGCAGGAGGAGUAUUCGAUCUCCGUUAUUCCUGGUGCUGGUGUUGCGGAUGGGAAGAAUGGCGAUAUCAUUCAGAUUGCGCCGGCGUAUAAUGUGUCGAGGGAGGAUAUCGAGCUCAUUGUGGAGCGGGUUGAGAGUGUUGUUCAUGCUGUGUUUAGGGCUUAG